AUGGGUGAAGCUGUGGAGUUCUUUCAUUGCAAUGGAUUCUCUAAAGCAAAUCAAAUUAUUAUUGAGGAAAAUGGAAGCGAUGAUUCUUGGUUUGAAGAAGAGAUUGAUGUUGAUCUCAAAUGGUCUUUUGCCUUGAACAAAGUGCUGCACAAAGGGACUAGUGAGUACCAGGAUAUUGCUCUUUUGGACACAAAAAGAUUUGGGAAGGUGUUGGUAAUUGAUGGGAAGAUGCAGAGUGCAGAAGUUGAUGAAUUCAUAUAUCACGAAUGUUUAAUUCAUCCAUCCCUAUUAUGUCACCCUAACCCCAAAAGUGUGUUUAUUAUGGGAGGUGGUGAAGGGUCUGCAGCAAGGGAAGCACUCAGGCACAAGUCGAUAAAUAAAGUGGUCAUGUGUGAUAUCGAUCAGGAGGUCGUUGAUUUUUGCAGAAAGCAUCUUACAGCAAACCAUGAAGCUUUUCGUAACGCCAAACUCGAUUUAGUGAUUAACGACGCCAAAGCUGAAUUGGAGAUGAGGGAGGAAAAGUUUGACAUUAUUGCUGGACCGGCAGGGGUGUUCAGCCACAAGGAGGUGUUCUCGUCAAUAUACAACACAAUAGUACAUGUUUUCAAAUAUGUGCUGGCUUACACUGCUCAUGUGCCAUCUUUUGCUGAUACAUGGGGAUGGGUUAUGGCAUCUGAUCAACCACUCUGCAUUGAGGCUGGGAAAAUAGACAAGAAGAUUGCAGAAAGAAUUGAUGGAGAAUUGCUAUACUUAAAUGGUGCCACCUUUGUCUCGUCCACCAUCUUGAAUAAGACAGUUGCUAAGACGUUAAAGAAUGAGAGUCAUGUCUACACAGAGGAUGAUGCAAGGUUCAUCCACGGUGACACUGAAAGAGGUUCACAUGCCCCAUUGUGCCAAGGCGGACAAUUAUGUGAGAAAGAAGAAACCGUGACUAGCACAAUUCCAAAGGGUGAAGAAGAGGGAUUUGGCGUUUCUCGAAAAAUAGAAGAGGGAUCGAAGCCGUUACCUAAGGAUGGCGUGGAAAUGAUGCUUCCUUCCGUUAUCAUUGGCGGCUGCUCCGGCAAGAACGGUACAACGGUGGGAGGCACUACAGUUGAGGUCGGAGGGGGCGAAGAGCGUUGUGGUGCUACCGAAAGGGAAGGGAAGUAG